AUGGAAACAUCGAAGAAAACAGGUAUGAUCAAGCGUCGAUGGAAUCCUGAAGAGGAUGAACUAUUGCAGAAGCUAGUGAAGGAACAUGGAGCAGAGAACUGGUCUCUUAUUGGCCAAUUGAUUUCAGGUCGAUCUGGAAAAUCGUGUAGGUUCCGGUGGUGUAAUCAGCUUAAUCCUCAGGUGGAGCAUCAACCUUUCACUCUUGAAGAAGAUAAUACUAUUAUCAGAGCUCAAGCCAAAUUAGGUAACCGAUGGGCUAAGAUAGCUCGUUUGUUACCAGGUCGAACAGAUAAUGCGAUAAAAAAUCAUUGGAAUUCCACCCUUAAACGGAAGCGCGCUUCGCUAUCAGAAGUUUUGAUAUUGGAAAAUCCUCAACAUCCGUUGAAGAAAUCAUUGAGUAUCGGGGCAGGUAAAAAUCCAAGUAUUCCAUAUAUAUCUGAUCAGAGCAAUUUAGGUUUUGAUAGGUUCCCUCAGCUGUGUCUGUAUCCGCACAUUGCCUUAUUGGGUCGAAUUUCACCUCUUUCAGCAUUUUCACCUGUAAUACCCGAUCCAUUGGUAUUUCUGAGUCCACCAAGUUUUGAUUUAAGCAAUUUGGGUUUAUCUAGGUGCCCUCAGUUGAGUCUUUAUCCGCCUGCUCCACUAGGUGAAAUGUUUCCUGUUUUAUCACUUUCACCAAUAUGCCUGAACCAUCAACAUCUCUGA